AUGAACAAAGUUGUGACGACCCCUACAAACACAAAUUUCUAUAGCCGAGAACUUUCUGGUGUCACAUCAGGUGCCGAACAAAUGACUUCUUCCUCGAGACUGAUUUUACUUGCUCAGACACAAGACAAGCAGCAGCAGCAGCAGCAGCAGCAGAUGGAACAACAAGAACAAGAAAAGCGACCACAGCAGCAGCAACAACAUCUGCAGCAAUCUGACCCACUAACUCAAGCUAACAAAUACAAUGGCAUUCAGAUGCACUCGGCUCCUUUGGAUACACCAUUGGCAUAUCAGCAGUACCCUUCUGCUUCGGGACAACAACCCUUGUCAUUAAGAUCAUCCAAAAAUGUUCUUCUUGAUUAUUCAAAUUAUUACGCAUUACAACCAGGAUAUCCUACAACUAACCAGAAUACAGAUUUUUUAAAUGCAUCGUCUAAUGCAACAGCAAAUGGCAAUGCUGGAAACGUAUCUGAGUUUGCCAAUACUGGGAGCACUAUUUUGAGUCCUUCCUACCUGGUUCUGGGAAACUCUGCUGCCGAAAUACAACUUCUUCGUGCAAAGCAAAUCCAAGAAGAACAGCAGCUGCAACAACAACAGCAACAACAACAACAACAACACCAUCAACCACAUGCACAAUAUUCACCAACGGGAGAUCCAACCCAUUCUGCGUUCCCAACAAUCCCACCUCCAUCUCAACAACAACAACAACAACCACAACAACAACCACAGCAGCAGCAGCAGCAGCCACAGCAACAACAACAAGAAUAUUUCGGUAGCCAUGUAGGAAACUAUAUUAAUGUACAUCAUCAACAACAACAACAACAACAACGACCCCUGCAACUACAGCAGCAUAUGUAUUCAGCAAAGCUUGGGAAUCAAAACUUGAUUUCACAGACGCAGCAGCCCAUACUUCAAAGUGAGAAGUCGCAUUUAGAAAUUGGCGAACAUGCAACACCAGACCACCACCACCAGCAACAGCAACAGCAACAACAACAACAACAAAUGUUGGUUCAAGCAUUUGGAAGCCCCGGCACAAUGUUAUACUCACAGUCUUCACUCCCGCAAUACACAAUGGCUUACUCUUCUUCUGUGCCAACAAAUCCCACUUUUGUGGCACAUCCAAGUAAUUCAACCCAAAGGCAAGUACAAGUUCAGUCUACAACUGAACUUGACAAACAAACUCAAAUCCACUUGCCAUUACUCAAUCCACUGAUAUCUUCAACUUUUUCGAAUAAGUCGCGAAACUCUUCGACUUUUUCUGCUAGAGAUCAGGGCUCUAGGGCAAUUUCAAUUAGCAGCAGUAUACCACAAGCUGAGUAUCCUGAAAAUGUUGUUCGACCCAAAGUUGCCACUACACGAUGGGAUGAUGAGAACACCAACUGCUAUCAAGUAAGAGCCAAAAACAUUCUUGUAUCAAGAAGAGAAGAUACUGAUUACAUCAACUGUACCAAAUUGUUGAAUGUUGUAGGAAUGACAAGGGGAAAACGAGACGGUAUUUUGAAAACAGAAAAGAUUAAAAAUGUUGUUAAAGUAGGAUCAAUGAAUUUGAAAGGUGUAUGGAUACCAUUUGAUAGAGCUUAUGAAAUUGCACGAAACGAAGGAGUAGAUGGCAUUUUGUAUCCAUUAUUCGUAAAGAAUAUAAAGGAGUAUUUCUUAACGAAGGGGCACAAAUUGAAAAGUGAAGAUGAUUUGGAGGAAGGGGAACUUCAUAAGAACGCUGCAACCGAAGGAAGUGAGAGAUUCAAAUUAUUGGAUGAGGCUAGUCAAAAUUUUGAAAAGGACGAAGAAGAAUGUCUGUCUAAUGGGUAUUCUACAUCUAUAGGAUCACUGGAGUCAAAGUAUAGAAAUGAUUAUUUUGACCGCACAUUGAAAACUACCAACAUAAAGGAAGAUAAAAUUUUUGACGAAUCUCAAGAAAAGUCUCCACUUAGUGUCUCAAACCAGUACAAAAAGUCAAAGUGA